AUGGGGAGGGAAAAUCAGAGCCACUUGUCUGAGUUCCUCCUCCUGGGGCUCCCCAUCCGGCCAGAGCAGCAGGGUGUGUUCUUUGCCCUGUUCCUGGGCAUGUACCUGACCACAGUGCUGAGCAACCUGCUCAUCCUCCUGGUCAUCAGGCUGGACCCUCACCUCCACACCCCCAUAUACUUCUUCCUCUGCCACUUGGCCUUCACUGAUAUCACUUUUUCAUCAGUCACAACUCCAAAGAUGCUCAUGAAUAUGCAGACACAGAGUCAAUCCAUCUCGUAUGCUGGGUGCAUUUCUCAGGUGUAUUUCUUCUUAAUGCUUGGGUGUCUUGACAGCUUUCUUCUCACCUCAAUGGCCUACGACCGGUACGUGGCCAUCUGUCACCCCCUCCACUAUAUCACAAUUAUGAGUCAGAGCCUGUGUUUCCUGUUAGUAAUUGUGUCCUGGAUCCUAUCCUCUGUUAGUGCCAUCUUACACACCCUCCUCCUGGCCCGUCUCUCUUUCUGUGGAGACAACCUUCUCCCUCACUUCUUCUGUGACCUUGCCACUUUACUUAAACUGUCCACCUCAGAUACCACAGUCAAUGAGCUGUUUAUCCUCACUGUGGGAGUGGUGGUCAUUACCCUGCCAUUUGCAUGCAUACUGGUCUCUUAUGGUUGCAUUGGGGCCACCAUCCUUAGGGUCCCCUCCACCAAGGGACUCUACAAAGCCUUGUCUACAUGUGGGUCCCACCUCUCUGUGGUGGCUCUGUACUAUGGAACAAUUAUUGGACUGUACUUUUUUCCCUUAUCUAAUUACUCCAAUGACAAGGAUGUUAUUAUGGCCAUAUUGUACACUCUGAUCACUCCCAUGCUAAAUCCUUUUAUCUACAGUCUGAGAAAUAAGGAUAUGAAAGGCGCUCUGGGAAAUAUACUUAGUAGAGGAACAUUUUCAUAA